AUGUUGCUGGUCGGUCUUCUGUACGCGGUGCUGCUCUGGCCCGCCGUCGUCCUGGCCGCAUUCGGAUACAAAGAUGAUGGCACGAACUAUGUCAUCGACUCCGGUGCUAAGCUGGUGAUCAAGGUCAAUAAAGGGUCGGGAGACAUAGUAUCGAUGCUGUACGGCGGCGUCGAGUACAACGGCUACGACCGCAAGAACACCCAAGUCGAGUCUGGCUUGGGCGCUAGCACAGUCACUAUCCAACAGUUCUCCUCGCCCUCCGCCAUCAUAAAAGUGACAGUCACCCAUGGGACUCUGAAGCACUACCUCUUCGUGCGCUAUGGAAACAACAACGUCUAUAUCUUCACCAACAAGAAGGACGCGAGCGUAACCGCCUCGAGAUACAUUGUCCGCUUCCCCCCGGGUAUGUGGAAUAGCCAGCACUCCAGCCAAGAUGCAGAUUGGUACGACUCAAGUACGUUCAUCGAGUCGCAAGACAUCACAGCGGAUUCGAAUGGCUACACAGAGAGCAAGCACUAUACUGGAAACACCUAUGGCAGGACCAUCGAUUACGAUUAUGUCGGUUAUAGCUCUGGAUCCGUUGGCGUGUGGAUGGUCAGGAGCAACCACGAGAAGGCAUCAGGAGGACCAUUCUUCAGGUCGUUACUCCGCCGCGGUAGCUCUGGCGGAUCCGACAUCUACGAAAUUUAUCAUUAUAACAUGGGUCACACAGACGUAGAGCGGUUUGGGCUGCAGGGUCCUCACGUGCUCUCCUUCACAGAUGGUGGUCCGCCGAACAACGCCUUGUUUGCCCGCAAGGCGGAUUGGGGCUGGUUCGACACUCUUGGUAUCGACGGAUGGGUGCCAGCCAGUGGCCGUGGUUAUGCCUCGGGUGUUGGUCUGGCAAACAUGAAAUCUGGGUACACGUACGUCGUCGGGUUGUCAAAUAACAAUGCACAGUACUGGGGCACGGCUGGCAGCACUGGGGCAUGGUCGAUCUAUGGCGUUUUGCCCGGCACCUAUACCCUGACGGUUUACAAAUCCGAGCUCGAGGUGUACAAAGGCAGCGUUACAAUCAACGCAGGCGCCGGCACCGCUGUGCACACCCUCACAUGCGAUGAUCCCGCAGACGACGUGGCCAUUUGGCGCAUCGGAGAGUGGGACGGCACGCCCAAGGGCUUCCUAAACUUUGCCGACACGCCUAUGAAGCCGACUUAUAUGCACCCAAGUGACAAGCGCCUCAGUAACUGGGAUGCGAGCAACUAUAUCGUCGGCACCAGCACACCAAGCAUCUUCCCCGGAUAUAUUUGGCAGGCCAUCAACAACGACCACAUCGUCUACUUCAAGCUGACGGCUGACCAGCUGACUAAGGCCCAUACGAUCCGUAUCGGUAUCACGGAAGCCUAUAUUGGUGGUCGACCCAUGAUCAGCGUGAACGGGUGGAAGAGCUCGGUGACGCCGGCGACCAACCAGGCCAGCACCCGCAGUCUGACUGUUGGCACCUACAGGGGCAACAAUGUCAUGCUAACCUGGGAGGUUCCGGCCUCUGCCUGGAUUCAGAGCACUUCCGAAUGGCAGGUGCUAACUAUCUCCGUCAUCACGGGCAGCUCGGGGACCGGCUACCUCAGCGGCGCCAUCAGUGUCGAUGCUGUAGAUUUCCUCUAG